AUGACGCUUUAUCACAACGCAUCUACUAAGUCUAAAUCCGACUUGGAGUCUGCAAAAUGCUGCUCCUGCAUCCCACAAAAGAUCGGAUGCUUCAUCCUGGCCUAUCUUAAUCUGAUCUUCAUUUUAAUCCACACCCUCACCUUUUCGUUGGGUUGUUAUUACCACUUUGGUUUGGGGAUGCGUUUAGCAAGUGAAGACGAAGCAACAAAGAUCGAAUCAAUCAAGAGACCUCUGCUGACACACCUAGAAGUGUUACUAAUAGCAAUUCUGUGUGUAAACAUUGUUUGGUUGACGACAAGCGUGAUGUGCUUGGUUGGUUUACACAAGAAACGCCCAGGGCCCAUCAAGGUGUACAUCACUUUUGUAACAGCAAGACUAAUUUUUAUCUUCUCCUACCUCGUAUUUGCAGGUUACGGUAACAUGCAAACAAUGGUAUUCUACUGUUUAGAGAUAGGUCUCACCAUCUACUUCGUCGUAGUCUAUUACAUUUACGCCAUGCAGCUGAAACGUGAAGAAAUCAACAAUAAUAAGACACAAAAGACCAGCGAAACAACUUUUGUCUACCCUGAAAAGAUUGAAAAGGAGAGAUAU